UUGAAAGAGCAGAUGCAGAUGAAGCUUGUUACAGAUGCAGUCCCUCAAACCUCAUUGGUAGAGGGGAUGAGAGUCAACCAGUGUGCAUACAAGUACUGUACCCGCCCACUGAACCUAAACUGUCUAUGAGGUCUGAGGUCACAGAAGGUCAGACCAUCACCGUCAGCUGCAGUGUUGAAAGUUUCCCACAGUCAACUCUCACCUUGAUGAGGAUCAACAAAUAUAGUCGGUUUUUAAAAAUCACUGAAAAUAAUCUUAAUUCACGACCCAUCAACUCUCUCUACCACACGUUUACGUUUGUGACUUCAGCCGACGCUGGCUGGUACGUCUGCCGUGCCCAGAACAGUGAGGGCUCAAAGGACAGCAAGAAGAAGGAGUUGGUGGUGAAAUACAGUCCCAAACAUGUGACAGUUCAAGCCAAUCCUGGUCUUGAUGUGAAGGAAAAUGUGUCGUUGACACUGAGCUGUACUGCCGAGUCCAACCCACCAGUGAGCUCUGUCACCUGGAGGAAGACGACUGAUGGGAGAGAGGAAAUCGUCCAACAGACUCAGACUCGGACCUUCAGGGUGAAUUCAGCCAGUCCCUCUGACAGUGGACUGUACAGCUGUGAAGCCACCAAUGACAUUGGAAGUGGAAAGUCACAGCCAGCUGAGGUUAAAGUCAGAUAUAAGCCGAGGAAGACGAGCAUUUCUGUCAGUGGCUCUUCUGAUAACCAAGUGAAAGUUGGUCGUUCUCUCACGUUAACCUGUGACACCGAUGCCAAUCCUGCCCCGACGACUUACUCCUGGUACCGCAGCAAAAAUCAACAAACUGACUCAUGGUGGAAUCCCACAAACAGCCGUAGUCUGCGUUUAACAAUACAAAGAGCAGAUGAAGCUUGUUACAGAUGCAGCGCCUCAAACCUCAUUGGUAGAGGGGAUGAGAGUCAACCAGUGUGCAUACAAGUACUGUACCCGCCCACUGAACCUAUACUGUCUAUGAGUUCUGAGGUCACAGAAGGUCAGACCAUCACCGUCAGCUGCACUGUUGAAAGUUUCCCACAGUCAACUCUCACCUUGAUGAGGAUCAACACAAAUUAUCAGUCUUUAAUAAUCACUGAAAAUAAUAUUAAUUCACGACCCAUCAACUCUCUCUCCCACACGUUUACAUUUGUGACUUCAGCCGACGCUGGCUGGUACGUCUGCCGUGCCCAGAACAGUGAGGGCUCAAAGGACAGCAAGCAGCAGAAGAUGGUGGUGAAAUACAGUCCCAAACAUGUGACAGUUCAAGCCAAUCCUGGUCUUGAUGUGAAGGAAAAUUUGAGGUUGACACUGAGCUGUACUGCCGAGUCCAACCCACCAGUGAGCUCUGUCACCUGGAGGAAGACGACUGAUGGGAGAGAGGAAAUCGUCCAACAGACUCAGACUCAGACCUUCAGGGUGAAUUCAGCCAGUCCCUCUGACAGUGGACUGUACAGCUGUGAAGCCACCAAUGACAUUGGAAGAGGAAAGUCACAGCCAGCUGAGGUUAAAGUCAGAUACAGUCCCAAACAUGUGACAGUUCAAGCCAAUCCUGGUCUUGAUGUGAAGGAAAAUGUGUCGUUGACACUGAGCUGUACUGCCGAGUCCAACCCACCAGUGAGCUCUGUCACCUGGAGGAAGACGACUGAUGGGAGAGAGGAAAUCGUCCAACAGACUCGGACUCAGACCUUCAGGGUGAAUUCAGCCAGUCCCUCUGACAGUGGACUGUACAGCUGUGAAGCCACCAAUGACAUUGGAAGUGGAAAGUCACAGCCAGCUGAGGUUAAAGUCAGAUACAGUCCCAAACAUGUGACAGUUCAAGCCAAUCCUGGUCUUGAUGUGAAGGAAAAUGUGUCGUUGACACUGAGCUGUACUGCCGAGUCCAACCCACCAGUGAGCUCUGUCACCUGGAGGAAGACGACUGAUGGGAGAGAGGAAAUCGUCCAACAGACUCGGACUCAGACCUUCAGGGUGAAUUCAGCCAGUCCCUCUGACAGUGGACUGUACAGCUGUGAAGCCACCAAUGACAUUGGAAGUGGAAAGUCACAGCCAGCUGAGGUUAAAGUCAGAUACAGUCCCAAACAUGUGACAGUUCAAGCCAAUCCUGGUCUUGAUGUGAGGAAAAUGUGUCGUUGACACUAGGCUGUACUGCCGAG